AUGGAUGGGUUUAAUUUUGCAAAGCAGCUAAUAGGCAAGACCAAUACAGAGGAAGAGUACUUUCUUAAGUGCAUGCAGCCAGCACGCAAGGCCAUUAAUCUUAAAAAUGCCAGAAGGAUUGGGAAAUAUUUAUACGUUACGGAAAAGAAUCAGCUGGUUUCACUUGCUAUUAUUAAGAGUAAACCCAGAACAGACACAGCACAUGGCGUUGUGAAAGUGGAUGGUCUUAAGUUUUAUGUAUUUACAAAUGAAGCAUAA